GAAUACUUUGAAAAGAAAAGGUUAAAAUCAAAAAUGAAGUUACUGGGAGUUUUAUCUCCUGCCAAAAAUUCUACUGCCAGUUUAGACCUUCUUAAUCUAUAUAUAGUAAAUCAGAUAUCUUGCAAGAAAGAAAUGUCUGAAAUUGUGAGAAAACCGAUCCAUGUGAACAUGAAUAGGGACAUAAAAAUGCCCCUGAGAAAGCAUGAUUUAGAACUUUCAAUGUCACCUAACUGUGUCCCUUCUAAACUCUGCCUUGAUGACAGAGAAAAUAUACAGUAUCAAAGACUAGGCAGCAAGGAAGAACUUGGCUCAGUUCAGUCAUCACAAGUCAUGGAUUCAUAUAGUAUGUCCCAACCUCAGUUCAACAGAAUAGAAAACUGCAGAUUCUCUCUACCACCUUUUUCAUCAGAAUUGCCUUCUAACAGUCAUAUUCCAAAACAGAAGUUCACUCCUCAAAUAACACCUAGUCCUUGGAAAGUUGCAUAUGGAAAAAAGCAAAAUGAGCAGCCCAGUAAUGUUAACUAUUCAAGAUGCUUGCUUCCCAAAUUCAAUGAACGUAAAGAUGCUCUCAGUUCAUCAUAUAAAGCUGCACAAUUUGGAACAUUAUUUGAAAGAUUAAACAGUCCAGGAAAUCGGAAUUUCCUUACUGAAAGACCUGCUGUAAUUAUGGGUGAAGAUUGUGGAAGCAUGAAUGAAAGAAGAGAGUCAGACUUCGUUACUGAAAAACAAACAGUACAACCUUUUCGGGGAGAAAAUAGAAAAGCAGUAUUAAAUUGUAUUGAAGAUGCUAACCAGGCAAUCCCCAGCAGUCUCUCUGAGAAUUGUAACUCUUUUUUUAGUCAAAAUAUGAUCAAUUUAUUAAACUUAGAUCAGCAGAGGAUAAAGGAAAACACUGACAAGUGUGGCUGUGACAGUGGAGAUAUCUGUGCAGUUACUAGUUCUAGUAAAAAAUAUUUCACUGAUAGAUGCCUAAGGAGCAUUUUUACAGUUCCAGAAUUGACUUAUAGUAAUUCUACUUUUAAUAAAACAAGUAACCCUGAAAAGUGUCAGCCAAAGAAUGGCUAUCAGAAAAAGUAUAUCAAUAAUGAAGGAAAUAAUUUUAGUACAUCUUUUGAGAAGCAUUGUUAUCCAGCCAGCUCUGAAAAAACAGGAAAAUAUGAAAGUAAUUACCAAAAGAAGAUACCACAGAAAAAAAUCCAGAAAUAUCCAGUGAAUAAUAUGGGUAAUAUCCCUUUGGAAGAAUUGCAUUCUGAGCAAUCGUGGGACAUGGGACUUGGAGAGACUCUGAUGGAAGAAAGAGGAGCAUGUUCUUUAAAAAGCAGCCGAACAUCUACUAAGAAAAUCUAUCUUGAUUCUUCACAGAGUAGUCAGUCUACCGGUUACUCUCCAAGACAAACAGAUAGUUCUUACAGUUCUAGUUCAGAAAUGCCAUCUGAAGAUGAAGAUCAAGUUUUGCCACAAAGUGAAGAUUCAAAUAGAAGAUUCAUUGAAACCAAAGAAACAACUAAUAAUGUUUAUCUAAACAGGAUGUCAAAGCUUUCAGAUGAUAGGAUUAUUAAAAACAAUGCCAGCAUUCAUAAACAGAAUGAGAUUUCUCCCCAGUUCUCAAAGAAAAAUAAUUCAGAUCAGUUUUCACAGUCUCAGCAUAACUCAGCAUACAUAUUGCAAAACAAAACCAAUAAUAACUGCAUUCUGCAGGCCGCAAAAUGUGAUGCAUGGGUACAAACAGAGAGUGAACAUGCAAUAGAAGAAAAAUUAGAUGCUGCCAUACAGUGUGAUAUAAUUUCAAAAUGUAAAUGUAGAAGUGAUGUGUCUUCUCUUUCUAAUGCUGAAAGGUGCAGUGGAAAUAUUAAGGCAGAGACCACUGGAGGGCAGGAAAUCCUUAAGAACAGCUAAUAUUCUGAAAUCACAGCCUGGGAUUUUAGCAUUUCAUUUGACCUGUAAAGGCAAUACUAUUAGUUUAGAAUUUCAUUAACCUAAUAAGGAAUGAGAACAUUGUAGCUAAGCAUAAGGUGAAAGAAUUUAGAGGGUAGAUUUAUGGUUUGUUUUAAAGCAUUUUAGUAUUGCUUUAUGCAUUUAAUCUUUUACAUAGACAGUGCUUUCGUACGUUUAGUAUAUCUUCAAGUUUUUAAAAAAUUUUAUAUAUGUAAGUUUACCAUUUAUUAUUCUUAUGGUGAUUAUUUGUUGGAAACCCUGGUGUUGUAGUGGUUAAGUGCUACAGCUGCUAACCAAAAGGUCGGCAGUUCAAAUCCACCAGAUGCUCCUUGGAAACUCUAUGGGGCAGUUCUACUCUGUCCUAUAGGGUCAUUAUGAGUUGGAAUAGACUUGAUGGCAGUGGGUUUGGUUUUUUGGGUUUAUGGUGAUUAUUAUGUUAUGUUGUUUAUGUGGAUUAAAAAUAUGAUUGCUUCCUUAUGACAUUUAUUUUAAAAUUUUGUGCAGUUGCAUCUUUUAGCAAAAAUGUUCUUCCAAGGUUUUUAGGCAGAAAGUAAUACUAAAUAAUAUCAAAUAUGUUUCAUUAGCUAUUUAUCUUUGUAAUAUUAUACUCAUAUUAAAAAUUUAUAGCAUUAAUUUUUAUAUAAAAUAUAUUUUUUGUUUGGAUAAAAUUUUUUUGUUGAUGCUUGUAUUAAUUCAGAGGAAA